GACUGAAAACAAUCAAAGCCUCCAUAAAGCCAAUCACCGCGGCGCGUUCCCGGGGCGCCGUCGCGCAAUCAGCCGCUGAUUAGGGAACCCGCCGCCCUCCUUCAGCCGCCAGCGGGGGUUAAUUCGGGCGUCAGAUGGUGUCGCAGAGGGCCACGGAGAGGGGAAUGAAAACAUGGCCUCCACGUGGUGGGGGAACCUCCCUCUGUUGAUUGACAAUGGCACUGCACAUGUGGACAACAGCAGCUGUUUCAGUGCCACGCAGAGCACUGUGCUGAAGGGGGUGAAUUUCGGAGGUGUGCCCAUAGUUUUGCUGCUAGACUUCAUAGUCUUCCUGGUGCUGCUAUUGGCUUUUUCUGUGAUCAGAAGGAAACUGUGGGACCAUGGGAGACUCGCACUUGUUGCAGAGACUGAAGGCAGCUUCAGCGAUGCCAGUAAACGGCGUUACAGUAGAAUGAUGUCAUUCAUGAGCGUCGAUGAGCCAGAGUAUGAGAGGGGUUGCUGUUCUUGGCUCAUCUUCAUCAUUAAUAUGGAUGAAAGUCUGGUGCAGGAGAGAUGUGGUGUGGAUGCAGUACAUUAUCUGUCCUUUCAGAAGCAUCUGAUCACUCUGCUGUUGCUCAUCUGUGUGCUGUCUGUGUUGGUCAUCCUCCCAGUCAACCUGUCUGGUGACCUGCUGGGCAAUGAUCCGUACAGUUUUGGGAGAACCACUAUAGCGAAUCUUAAGCAGGGCAAUAACCUGCUUUGGCUACACACAGUGUUUGCUGUUCUUUAUCUCGUGCUCACCGUGGCCCUUUUGAGACGCCACACGUCUAAAAUGAAGGGAACGAAGAGAGAGAUUGCUAGAAACACACUGUUUGUGAGUUCUGUUCCCACUGCAGCCAGUGCUGAGAGUAUAAAAACUCACUUAAUGGAGGCGUACCCUACCUGUCAGGUGACUAACGUCAACUUGUGCUAUGAUGUUGCCAAGCUGAUAGAACUGGCCAAAAACAAAAAGCAUGCAGAAAAGAACCUGCAGCAUUACCGUAAGAUUCUGGAUCGCUACGGGCGACGUGAGGUCAUCAACCCUCAACCCUGCAGUCACCUGUGCUGCUGCUGUCACUGUCAGAGGUGUGAAUACGUAGAUGCUAUAGAAUACUACAGCUCACAGGAGGCGGCUCUGGCUGAAGAGCUCAAUAGACUGAGAAAUCAUGAACUGCUGUCUCCUCUCGGAAUGGCUUUUGUGUCCCUGCAGAACGAAUACAUGGCAUCUUAUAUUCUGAAAGAUUUCAAUGCUCUGGAAUGUGGAGGCGGGGCUGGGGGUGUGGCUGGAGAAGAAAUGUCUAGAGGAAUUAAAUGUGGCUGUGCCCGGGAGCCUCAGACGUCCUCUCAGAGCGCCGAGCUGAGGGUGCGAAAAUGGCGAGUGACUUACGCCCCUAACCCACACAACAUCUACUGGGAGAAUUUAUCCAUACGGGGUUGGCGUUGGUGGUCGCGUUGCCUGUUGCUGAAUUUCUUCCUCUUCAUCCUCCUCUUCUUCCUCACGACACCCUCCAUCAUCAUCAGCACCAUGGACAAGUUCAACGUCACCAAGCCUAUUCACUAUCUGAACAGUGCCAUUAUCAGCCAAUUCUUCCCAACUCUCCUGUUGUGGACCUUCUCAGCCCUGUUGCCUACGAUAGUCUAUUACUCUACCCUGGGAGAAGCCCACUGGACCAGGUCCAGUGAGAACAUGAGCAUGAUGUACAAACUUUACACCUUCCUGCUUUUUAUGGUGUUGAUUUUGCCCUCACUGGGGCUUACAAGUCUGGACGUGUUUUUCCGCUGGUUAUUUGACACUCGGUCCGAGGGGAAAUUGAGGUUUGAGUGUGUGUUUUUACCCGAUCAGGGGGCUUUCUUUGUGAAUUAUGUCAUCGCAGCGGCACUGGUGGGCUCUGGCAUGGAGCUGCUGCGGUUGCCAGGGUUACUGCUGUACAUCGUGCGCCUGGCACUUGCACACUCGGCUGCCGAGAGGAAUUGCGUCAAACAGACUCAGGCAUACGAGUUUCAAUAUGGAGCCAUGUACGGGUGGACACUUUGUGUGUUCACGGUCAUCAUGGCGUACAGCAUCACUUGCCCCGUCAUCGUCCCCUUCGGUCUGCUGUACCUCUUACUCAAACACCUGGUGGACAAACACAACCUGUACUUUGCCUACCUGCCGGCCCGCCUCGAUCGACAGGUUCACCUGGGAGCUGUCAAUCAAGCGUUGGCUGCACCAAUCAUAUGCUUGUUGUGGCUUUAUUUCUUCUCUGUGAUCAGGACAGGCUUCAUGGCAGACACGUCUUUGUUUACGUUGGUGGUUCUGUGCUUGACCAUCUUCAUCUGUAUAAGUUACACCUGCUUCGGACACUUUAAAUAUCUCAGCCCUCACAACUACAAUGUAAAAGAGGAAGAUGAAGAUGCUACAGAUAGAGCCGCAGAGAGCUCACCAUCAUCGGUCUAUCUACCCAAAGUUCUGAACCCAGACUCAUCGUCAAAAUCUCCUGAUAAAUGCAGUCAACGCCAAUCAUACGGCACGACGGAUAUAAACCCGCCCUUCCUCGACACUGAGGAAGAAUGUCAGAAUAUCUGACAGUGUCAGUAAAACUUCCAAUGAGAGGACAUCGGUCAACACGCCAACCAAUCACAGCUGCUCUUCCACCUCAGAACGAAAUGGCCAAAAAAGGAACCUGAAAGGUGCCGUUGUUUGCAGGUUGUGAAAAGUGGUGGUAUUUAUGUAUAAACACAAUGAAAAUGAAGAAAUAUACCAAAAAAUAUCUUUGAGAACAAGUCAGACACAAAGUGCCUUAAAUGACUUGAAGAACAUUAACUGAAAACUGCGAAAUACAUUUUUUUAAUGGACCAUUUCAGAAAAUCAAUUUUUCCUUUUUUUGUCCAUUCAUUUCUGUAGUUUAAAAACUGCAUCACAAAUGACGAUUUGCUAAGAAGUAUCUUUACUGUUUUACAAAUGCACAUGAACACUAGAACAGACAUUUAAACAUUGUUACAGUUGAUCACACACUUUAUAACUAAUAUUUCAGAGUUGUGUGUAUGUUUGUGAGAGAGAGAGUUCACAUGUUGGUUAUGCAUCAAAUGUUUUUGUUUUAAAGUAAAGUUUUAUACAAAUGUUAAUGUAUUAAUAUUGACAGAUAAAUUGGGUGUGUUUUGUUUAGACAUUUUGCAUUGUGUGUGUGUUUGUGUGCGUGUGUGAGAGAGCGAGAGAGAGAGAAGGAGAGCUUUUUCAAUCUGUCGUCAGUAGGUGGCACUGUUGCUUUCUAAAGGUCUGAUGAACUUGGAAAACACACUUUUACACUUAUGUUGAGACAUCUCUUUUUACUGUAAGAAAUGUAACCGUUAUGCAAUAUACAAAUACUCUAAAUGAAUAUGAAGGGAAACUUUCACUAAAAGUUUGAUGUCCAUGUAGUGUAUGUGCGCAAAGAAAAAUGUGUACAAACAUUAGUUCUGUAUGUGUUCGUUAUAUGAUAGGAGCAGAAACAACAUUGUAUUUUUUGACCAUCUAGACAUCUAAUAGUACAUACAUACAGUAGCAUAUAGUCUUUAACCUUUUUUCCCCUAGUUUUUGGAUGAAUGAAUGAAUUAAUAUCUCCAUACCCCCCCCCAAAUAAUGCAAAACACAUUUUUCGUGACUGUUUUUCUAGCUCAUUAUCCAGGAUUGAGUAAAAUGGUCUUACCUUCAGACUUACGCUUAAGUGACCUGCUACAAACUCCAGGGUCAAGGGUUCAGCCUAAGAAUGAAAACCGAUCCGAUGAUGUUACCGUGGGACGUACUGGUACUUGUCAGCUGGUUUAUUUUAAAUUACUCUUUUUAUUGCGCAUAAAAACAGUUGGCGUGUAAAGCUUUUCUGCUCUUGUGCAGCAGUAUCGGCUUGUUUUGUAGAUAGCAGAUCUUGAGUUAUAUGCACAGUAAAGUGCACCAUUUUUAUUGUAAAAUGAACGAUUUUAU